AUGGUUAGCAUUGAACAGCUAGAUGCUGACAUACGAAAAUUAUGGGAACAGGAAGAGUUGUCACAAGAGCGAAUCCUCACCCAAGAGGAAGCAGACUGCGAGAGGCAGUUCAUCCGAACUACUAAGAGGGAUCCAAAGUCAGGCCGAUACAUAGUCAGACUGCCGAUUAAGCCUGACAUGAACCCCUCGAUCAUAAUGCAUCCGUCAUUAAAAGACGCUGUCAUACGCCUCCGCCAGACAGAUACAAAACUCGAACGGAAUCCAGAGCUGAAAGUGCAGUACAAUGCAUUCCUAAAGGAAUAUCUGGAAUUGGGACAUAUGAGCGAGGUCCCGUCCGCGGAAAUUUUUUGCAGACACUCAUACUACUUGCCACAUCAUGCUGUGGUUAGAGAGGACAGCACAACUACGAAAGUUCGCGUCGUAUUCAAUGCGUCCCAUAAAACGUCCUCCGGCACCUCGUUGAACGAUAUCCUAAUGGUGGGACCAAAUACGCAAUACACCAUCUUUGAAAUAUUGCUGCGAUGGAGGAGGCAUAAAUACGCAUUGGCUGCUGACAUUGAGAAGAUGUACCGGCAGAUACUCGUCGACAGUCGAGACUGCGACUUACUGCGAAUUGUUUGGAGACCAGAACCCCAAGGUCCAAUAAAGCACUAUCGGUUAAACACAGUUACUUAUGGCACCGCCAGUGCUCCCUUCCAACCAACACGUACACUACCACAGGUCGCUGAAGACGAGCAAUUCACGUCACCAUCAGAAAGUGAAAGCAUCAAAAAGGACUUCUAUGUAGAUGACUUGCUGACCGGAUCCUCGACCAUAGAAGGUGCAGCGAAAUUGCAAAACGAUAUCGUGACCGUUCUUAAAAAAGCUGGAUUUAACAUUCGCAAAUGGUCCACGAAUUAUGAGGAGGUUCUGAAGCAUGUAAACACCGCUGACCGGGAAACGUCUGACGUAGUCGACAUCAAUCUAGAGAAUACCGUGAAGACAUUGGGUUUGCAAUGGAUUCCUAGAGACGACAUAUUCACCUUUAAAGGGAAACUGCCUUACAUCUCAGCGAACGAGCCAGUUACGAAACGAAUAAUUACAUCCAAUGCUGCAAGAUUAUUCGAUCCACUUGGUUGGAUCCAGCCCAUCAUAAUAGUUAGCAAGAUAUUUAUCCAAAGGUUGUGGCUACAGAAACUGGAUUGGGAUAAGCCCGUACCUGACCAGUUGAAAAUCGAGUGGCUGACCUACAUGAAGGAGUGGCCAGCGUUAUCACAACUUCAAAUAGCACGAUACAUACAGGCGUCUGAUCGCAGCAAGGUUGAACUCCAUGGUUUCUGCGACGCGUCAAUGGCAGCUUUUGCAGCGGUGAUUUACGUUCGAGUAAUACAUUCGGAUGGCACGGUAUCUGCGAACAUAUUAACAUCGAAAUCGAAAGUGGGACCUUUAAAGGUACAGUCAGUACCCCGGCUAGAAUUGAACGGUGCCGUCCUACUAUGCAGAUUGAUGAAACACGUGAAGCGAGCCUGCGAAUUCCCUGCCGACACAGCUAAAUUUUACUGGACGGAUUCGACCAUUGUCCAAAUAGGGUGA